UUUUCUCUGUCUCUAUAUAUACAUAUAUUUAUAUACACACAUAUACAUCUUUGUCAACGUUUCAUUGUUAGCCUUCGUGGGUCACAUCUGUCGCAAUGUUUUUUAACCAACAGCCGAUCCACCUCGCUCGUGCAGAUCAGUUGAGGCAAGAGCCUCCAAAGGGAUCGCCAUACUCGGUUGCCCUGCCCGGGACUGAGAAGCCUGGACGGAGUAAGGUAUAUCGUGCCUACCAUGCGCAAAAGGAACUCGUGAGGACAUUGGAUCCACAGGUUCUCACCGCGCAUGAUAUCUUCGAGUCAACUGCAAACCGUGUGCCGAAGAAUCACUGCCUGGGAUGGCGUCCGUAUAACCCGACAACCAAAACAUUCGGUCCAUACCAAUGGUUAGAUUACCAGGCUGUACAAAAGCGACGGGCCGAUUUUGGUGCUGGCUUGAUCGAACUGCACAACAAACAUAAUUGCCAUCGUCCUGGCCAGUACGGUAUAGGGCUGUGGUGUCAAAAUCGCCCGGAGUGGCAAAUUACCGAUUUGGCAUGCAUGUCUCAGGGCUUGUAUUCGGUGUCGAUCUAUGAUGUUCUUGCCCCGGACGCAACAGAAUAUAUUAUCAACCAUGCAGAGCUGCACUGUGUCGUUACCUCUUUGCCGCAUAUCCCAACUUUGCUCAAGCUGAAACCCCUCUUACCCAAUUUGAAGAUUAUCGUCAGUUUGGACCCUCUUGAUGGUGGUGAACAGGCUGGUCACUCAAAGCGAGCCCUUCUGGAGUCCGUGGCUGCUGGGCAAGAUGUCUCGAUUUAUACGAUAGAUCAGGUCGAGGGAUACGGUGCCACUUCUAAUCGCUCUUACAACGCCCCCAAGCCUUCUGAUAUUGUCACUAUCAAUUAUACCUCUGGCACGACAGGCCCUCCGAAAGGUGUUGUUCUGACGCAUGAAAAUGCCGUUGCGGCCACUGCGGGUGCUCUUAUUACCACCCAGCAGGCCUCUGGUGACACCCUAGCGUCCUAUCUUCCGUUAGCUCACAUCUAUGCUCGUUUGUCAGAACAUGCAGCAUUCUGGGCGGGUGCACGCAUUGGAUACUUCCAUGGAAACAUUAUGGAGCUGGUGGACGACCUGAAACUGCUCAAACCUACAGGAUUUAUGUCGGUUCCUCGUCUAUAUAGUCGGUUUGGGAACGCAAUCCGCGCCUCAACGGUGGACCAACCUGGUUUCAAGGGUGCGUUGUCGAGACACGUCGUUUCGGCCAAGACCGCCCACCUAAAGAAUUCCGAUCCCUCUAAGGCGACUGUGAAGCAUGCUUUGUAUGACCGGAUUUGGUCUAAGAAGGUCGCUGCUGCCCUGGGCUUGGAACGUACAAGAAUGAUGGUCUCUGGUUCCGCCCCGCUUGAUCCUUCACUCCACAACUUCCUCAGAGUUGCUACAGGCGCCGACCUCGUCCAGGGUUACGGUUUGACGGAGACAUAUGCUAUGGCGUGCGCACAAUCUUCCAAAGAUCUGACCGCUGGCAACUGUGGGGGCCUAGCACCUUGCACGGAAGCAUGCUUGGCAUCUCUGCCUGACAUGGAGUAUUCUGUCGAAGACAAACCUUACCCUCGGGGCGAAUUACUUCUGCGCGGCACAAACGUGUUCCAGGAGUACUUUAAGAAUGCCGAAGAGACAAACAAGGCUAUCACCGAAGACGGAUGGUUCCGGACGGGCGACGUCUGUACCAUAGAUGAAAUGGGCCGCAUCAUUAUUAUUGACCGCCGGAAGAAUGUCCUGAAGCUCGCCCAGGGAGAAUACAUCUCACCAGAGAGGUUAGAAGGUGUUUAUCUCUCCGAGUUGGGGUAUUUUGCACAGGGCUAUAUCCAUGGCGACAGCGUCCAGACGUUCUUGGUUGGCAUUUUCGGAGUCCAGCCUGAUGCAUUCGCUGCAUUUGCCAGCAAAGUGCUUGGCCGGACCAUCGGCGAGACCGAUAUUGAGGGCAUUAGAUCGGUAUUGAGCGAUGACAAGAUUCGGAAGGCAGUGCUAAAGGACCUCGAGAGGGUUGCGAAGAAACACAAGCUGGCAGGUUAUGAGAGGAUUAAAAACUGCUCGUUGAUGCUUGAACCAUUCACGGUUGAGAACAACCUGCUGACACCAACUCUCAAGUUGAAGCGGCCCCCGGUGGUGAAGCAGUAUCGCCAGCUUCUGGAUGAGCUCUACGCCCAAGCUACGGCCCAGGAGUCAGCUCCCAAGGCCAAGCUAUGAAAUUGUACUUUUGUUGCUUUUUAUUUCCCUAGUUAUUAUUCUAUUAACCGCAUAUGUAUUGGAGCAGUUGACACGGGCAACUGACUCCGGGCGCUGUACAUACAACCCGAGUGAUCUGCUAUUCAUACCGC